AUGAUGCUGCCAAGAUCUCUGAGAAGUAUCACAAGAAACAGGGGAUUCCAUACCGCAACAGUAAGAGCUUUCCAGUCCACUGCCAAGAAGAGUUUGACAAUCCCAUUUUUGCCCGUACUGCCACAAAAACCAGGUGGUGUUAGUGGUACUCCUAACGAUGCCUAUGUCCCCCCCCCUCAGAAUAAACUAGAGGGUUCAGUCCAUUGGUAUAUGGAAAAGAUCUUUACUUUGUCUGUUCUUCCAUUAGCCACGACGGCAAUGCUAACGACUGGUCCAUUGUCUACCGCAGCAGACUCCUUCUUUUCUGUUAUGCUAUUAGGAUAUUGUUAUAUGGAAUUCAAUUCUUGUAUCACAGAUUAUAUAUCUGAGAGAGUUUACGGUGUUUGGCACAAAUAUGCGAUGUACAUGCUAGGGUUAGGUUCUGCUUUCUCUCUUUUCGGGAUUUAUAAAUUGGAGACAGAAAACGAUGGUUUUGUUGGCUUGGUUAAGAGUCUAUGGGACUCUUCUAAAAGAGAAGAUUCAGCAAAGAUUGAGGCCAAGAAAUAG